AUGGGCAGCGGCGGCGUGAUCCACUGCAACUGUGCCAAGUGUUUCCUGGGGAAGCGCAGGGUCCGAAGGCGGCCCCGGCUUCUCACGCUGCUGAGUCUUCCAGAGGACGUGCUCUUCCACAUCCUGAAGUGGCUUUCUGUGGGCGACAUCCUCGCUGUCCGUGCCGUUCAUUCUCACCUGAAGUACCUUGUGGACCACCACAGUAGUGUCUGGGCAUGUACCAGCUUCCAGGAGCUCUGGCCUUCCCUGAAGAACCUGCGGCUCUUUGAAAGGGCUGCAGAGAAGGGGAACUUUGAGGCCGCCUUGAAGCUGGGUAUCGCCUACCUCUACAAUGAAGGCUUGUCUGUGUCGGAUGAGGCCCGUGCGGAAGUGAAUGGCCUCAAGGCCUCCCGCUACUUCAGUUUGGCCGAGAAGCUGAGUGCGGGCACCACGCCAUUCAUUUGGCUUUUUAUUCGGCCCCCCUGGUCGCUGUCAGGGAGCUGCUGCAAGGCCGUGGUGCAUGAGAGCCUCCGAGCUGAGUGCCAACUGCAGGGGGCUCACAAGGCAUCCAUUCUGCAUUGUCUGGGCCGAGUGCUGAGUCUUUUCGAGGAUGAAGAGAGGAAGCAGCAGGCCCGGGAUUUGUUUGAAGCGGCUGCGAACCAAGGCUGCUUGCCCAGCUCUUACCUCCUUUGGGAGAGCGACCGGGGCGCUGAUAUGUCGGACCCCGGACGAUGCCUCCACAGCUUCCGGAAACUCAGGGACUAUGCUGCCAAAGGCUGCUGGGAAGCCCAGCUCACUCUUGCCAAAGCCUGUGCACACCGGAAACAGCUUGGCCUGGAGGCAAGAGCAGCCAGCGAGAUGGUGUGUCAGCUUUUCCAGGCCUCGAAGGCUGUCAGCAAGAAGCGUGUCUUCUCCGUGCAGAAGGGGCUCAGCGACACCAUGCGGUACAUCCUGAUCGACUGGCUGGUAGAAGUAGCCACCAUGAAGGACUUCACAAGCCUGUGCCUGCAUCUGACAGUGGAGUGCGUAGACCGUUACUUGAGGAGGCGCCCAGUGCCCCGUCACAGGCUCCAACUACUGGGCAUUGCCUGCAUGGUUAUCUGUACUCGGUUCAUCAGCAAGGAGAUCCUGACCAUCCGGGAAGCUGUGUGGCUCACAGACAACACGUACAAGUAUGAAGACCUGGUGCGCAUGAUGGGGGAGGUCGUCGCAGCGCUGAAGGGGAAGAUCCGAGUUCCCACUGUGGUAGAUUAUAAAGAUGUCCUCCUGGCAUUGGUGCCCAUGGUGCCCCGCACCCAGCGCCUGUGCAGCUUCCUCUGCGAGUUGACCCUGCUGUACACCAGCCUGGCUGCUCACUCACCUGCCCACCUGGCCUCUGCCGCCCUGCUGCUCGCCAGGCUCAUGCACGGCCAUACACAGCCCUGGACUUCCCAGCUAUGGGACCUCACGGGCUUCUCCUGCGAGGACCUCACUGCCUGUGUCCUGAGCCUCCAUCAGAAGUGCUUCCAUGAUGAUGCCCCCAAGGACCACCGCCAGGUGUCUCUGACUGCUGUCCGGCAGCGAUUUGAGGAUAUUAGUCAAGAAGAGGUUCUGAGCUACAGCCACUUGUGUUCGGCUCUGGGGGUACAGCAGGACAGCCCAGAGCCCACGGCCUUCCUCGGUGCCAGUGACAUCCACACCUUCCUUAGCUCUCCUUCUGGCCAGAGAACCAAGAGGAAACGGGAUAGUAGCCCCCAGAAGGACAGGGGCAGCUUUGUCACCACACCCACCGCUGAGCUAUCCAGCCAGGAGGAGACUCUGCUGGGUAGUUUCCUGGACUGGAGCCUGGACUAUUGCUCAGGCUAUGAGGGUGACCAGGAGAGUGAAGGCGAGAAGGAGGGGGACGUGACAGCUCCUAGUGGCAUCCUUGAUGUCACCUUGGUCUACUCACAGCAGCACUGCUGCCGGGACUCCAGUGACGAAGAGGAUGAGGCCUGCCCGGGAUAUGAAGGAGCCCGCAACCAGCCCCGCUUAGCUCUGGGACCUCCACUCCCUCAGUAUGGCGGCUCGGAGCCAACCCGAGAUGUCUCUACCUCAGGGUACUCCUCAGUCAGCAACGCAAGCCCCACAAACUCGGUGAACAUGGGGGGUGCUCCUCGAUCUACCUCCAUGCUGUCCCCGGGCAGCGACCCCCACACACAGCCCUGCCACCAUUCCGCCAGGAAGUCCUGUGGACAACACCAGCCCCCCGAGAAUGACCUUCCCCAAAGGCAGGCGAAGAGGAAGAGCCUGGACGAUCAGAACGUGGCUGUGGGCUUUCUGCGGCUGUGA